CUACAACCCUCAUGGGUGGGAACAAGAUGUAGAUGCCCGCUGAUUAGACAACAACCGUCGCGUUCGCAAGAACUCCACCAAGGAGCCCGACAUCGACGAGUUUGGAGCACAACAGAAACCCAGGGCUCAAAGGAUCGAACAUGUCAGGCCAGAAGAGGGACUUCAGGGGCAAUGCCAAGAGCAGUGCCGCCAAGGCCCCCGUGGUGCGAAACGAAUACACUCCCAUGUUUGAGAGCUUCCGCGACGAGCUCGACGGCCACCAUGACCGCAGGGAGAGGAUAGUCAAGGCUUCUAGGGACAUCACCGCCCUGAGCAAGAAGAUAAUAUUCUCAUUGCAACGGAUCCGCAAGAUACAGCCGGAGCUACCUGAUCAUGUCGAGAAGGACAUCCAGUCCCGUCUGGGCGACAUCUCCAAGCUCCUCGCCACCCUCGCCCCGGACGUCCAGGGCAUCCACCGCUACCGCUACUCGCGCAGCCUGAUGUGCCUGGAGGAGCUGAUCGAGGCCCUUACCUUUGCCCAUUAUCUCCGCACCCAGUGCCUUAUGGGAUUUGGCGAGGCCGUGGCCAAGGUCGCAGAACUCUCGGAGCACCCCAGCGACAAGAUGGAUGUCGAUGUGGGAGACCCGCCGGCAGCGGCAGGCACGGGGUGUUUGCGGCCUUCAGUCCUCAUCACGGAGGACGACUACCUCAUGGGGAUUUUUGACCUCUCCGGCGAGAUGAUGCGCUUUGCCACCACAAGUGCCGCCCUUGCCGGCAAGAUGGCCGGUGGCAGUGCCACCCCGCCAGCGGAUGGUCGUGAAAGAACCAUCGCAGUAGACAUGCAGGACCUUGGUAGCUUCUUCGAGAUGCUCCCACAGCAGUACACCAAGAGCUAUCAAGUCAAGCUCAGCACUCUGAGAUCUUCAGUGCUUAAGGUUGAGAAGCUCGCUUAUGGCUUGACCGUCAGGGGUACUGAGAGACCUGCUGGCUGGAUGCCUGAAGAUGGGGACGAUCCACCAGAGGAUGAAUACUAAAACUGCAACACUGCACUGCAUCUGCCAACAUGUAUUCUACCGAUCAGCUCGGGCUUCGGCGAUGAGUUGCCUCUGGCUUGGGUUUCCACCGGAUCAUGGAUGGUGUUGGCAUGUAAAUAUCAGUAUGGUACAGUCCAGCUUUGCAAACAACAGCAGCCUAUACCGAUAGUUUACCUUUUAUUUCGACCUAAGCGGUAACUCUUUAAACAACCCUCGGGCAUCUACUAUGAUAAUUCGUAAGUGGACUGUCUUCUCGGUCAGUUUGACUAGGCCUUUC